GGCCGGGGUUCCCGGAUGCGGGCGCGCUCGGCGGUUAUAAAGGGCCGGGGGAAGGCGGGAGCGGCUGCAGUUUGAAUCGCGGCGGGUCGGGGUAGGUUGGUGCUGUCGCCCGAGCUCAUUGCGUGCGGGACGCUCUCUGCCUCGGUCUGCCACCCACCUUCGCGGCGCUGCGCUCCGGUUCGCCAUGGCUGGCGGGAAAGCUGGGAAGGACUCCGGGAAGACCAAGACCAAAGCAGUGUCCCGUUCCCAGCGGGCUGGAUUGCAGUUCCCUGUUGGCCGCAUCCACAGGCACCUGAAGUCUAGGACAACCAGCCAUGGACGUGUGGGAGCCACAGCUGCUGUGUAUAGUGCUGCAAUCCUGGAGUACUUGACAGCUGAGGUCCUUGAGCUGGCGGGAAAUGCAUCCAAAGACUUGAAGGUGAAACGUAUCACUCCCCGUCACUUGCAGCUUGCCAUUAGAGGAGAUGAAGAGUUGGAUUCUCUGAUCAAGGCAACAAUUGCUGGUGGUGGUGUAAUACCGCAUAUCCACAAGUCUCUCAUUGGCAAGAAAGGACAACAGAAGACUGUCUAAAGGAUACCAGGAUUCCUUGUUAUCUCAGGACUCGAAGUACUUAACUUGUCCAGUGUUGGUGAUUCCAGUGGACUGUAUCUGUGAAACACAAUUUUGCCUUUUUUUAACUUUGAGAAGCUAAGGCUCCCUUGAGCUUUCUAACAAACCAAAUUUCUGCAUUGAAGUCUUAACUGUAUUUAAGUGUUACCAUGGCUUCAAAGAAGCUAUUGUGUUUGUAGUGGGUUUUAAUUGAGUUGACUGUUUCUAGAUUGGUUUGAGUAAGUUAAGGAAAUGUUUGGUUUUGUACAGACGUUUCAUCCACUAGAGUGGAAAUACUCAAUAAAUGUUAUGUCAAGA